AUGAUAGUCUUACUUUGAUAGGCAUUGUGUUCGGAACUAUGUUUCACAUGUUCUGCGUUUGAAAUAUUCGUUUUUUUUUCGGGCAAUUUUUUGUAAAAAAAAAUUUUUUGGCAUCAGCUAUGAAAAUUUGUAAGACCGGAAGAUUGUUGUUAUUUGGUCCGAAAAGUUUUUAUGUGUUUUGACAUAAAGUGAAUAUUUAAAAGACAAUUGAAAAAGUUUUACUCAGCUAAACGACGGCCUAACGAGUAGGUUUUUUUUGUUGUUGUUAAUUUUCCGUGGAAAAACUAAGACGAAAAAAUUUGUAUAAAGUGAAUGAUGAUAGAACGGAAGAGAGAUGAUUGAAUUUUUUGCGUGCGCGAGGUUUAAUAAGAUUUAGAUCAAGACUUGGAGACGAAAUUAUCGACAUUUUGAUCUGCUUGUUUUUCUUUUUUAAAUAAUCCAUGUAAAUUACCGUUACAGUUAGACAUUUUUUUGUGUUUUUGUUGUUGUUUUGACUCAAACUUAAAACUAUUGUUGAUAUGCGUGCUAAAAAUUACGGUGACAAAUUAGAAAUGUUAUUGUCAAAGGGUUUACCGAAAAUGAUGACCAAAAUUCUGAUCCAGUAUGUGUGGUUAAUCAGUAGUUUAGAUUUAAUUGCACAAUGCCAAUGUUCUCAAAGUGCCAACAGCCAAACAAAUGUACAAGAACAAUCACGAAAAUUAACCGAUGACAUUGAAUCAAUUACAUCGUACACAAAUUUGAUCAGUGAUACGAAUCCGGUGAUCAUUGGCGAUCACAUAACAAAAGAAUUUCAAUAUUACGAUGAUUCGAUAGCAAUAACCACAUCGAAAUAUGAAGCGACACCAUCACAAUCGUCAUCAUCAUCACAGUCGAUAAAUGUGCCGAACAAUCAUCAGUCAAUCCAUCAAAUGGAUUUGAAUCAACCAUUUUAUCCACAACUUGAGCCCGUUCCAUACAUUCCGACUGUUCCAAAUAUUCCGAAUAUUCCAAGUGAUACGUAUAUUUCGGCUGCACCACCAAUACCAUCGUCCAAAAAUCAUCUAGUAAAGGUCACCCGUGAACCAUUUUGGGCGCCAGAAGUUUACAAAUUGGAAAAUCAAUACAUCGCCACAUUUCGUAGCAUUAAAUCAUCGGUUAUGGGAUUUUACUAUCGAAUGCAACAUUUUGUUAGCUACAUCAUGAACCUAUUCACAUUGGAAAAUUCGCCGCUGAUGGAAGGUCGUGGUAAAAAAGGAAAAUUCAAAAUCAAGAAAAAGUUUAAGAAAUUCCUGAUCCCAUUAUUGAUUGCAUAUAAAUUGAAAUUUUUUGCGCUGAUUCCAAUUUUGAUCGGUGGACUGGUGCUAUUGGUGGGCUCGACUGGCAUGGCAGGAUUUUUCUUUGCACUUUUUGCAGCCGUUAUUAGUUUGAAAGGCGGACAUCACUAAUGCGAUGGAAUUAAAUAAAUGUUAGAGUAUGAUAUUAAGAAGCAUGCUAUUUCUACGUGUAAUUUCGAAAAAAAAAAAAA